GGAAACACCAAAAUGGAGGAAGGCGACUUCAGUAGGCUGAAGGAAGUAGACGCCAGAGGUGAGUGGUGAGGGGGCGCGGGUGGUUCCGGUCUUCUCUCCCAUUUUAUCUUCUUUCUCGUCCACAUUUCCCUUCCUCUUCCCAAUCCCCUCUCUCUGUCUCCCUUCCGAUCGAUCGAACUCUCUAUCCGUCCAUGGCUUCCGUCCCGCAGCUGCUCCACUCCAAUGCUCUCUCCGCCAAGUCCUGCUCUGUCCUCCUCUCCGACCGAGGCAAAGCCAGCGGCCUCCUCCUCGUCGAUUUCGUCGGCCUUUAUUGUAAAUCCAAGCACACCAGCCGCCGCCGCCAGCUCGGCCUCUCCACCUCCCGAGCCUUCCCUCACUUCGCCGCCAAGUCCCUGCCUACUCCUGUCCGAGCUGUCCUUGAUCUCGACCGCACUGCCAGCUCCCUCGAUGACUCGUCCGCCUCUCAGUCCGGUCCCAAGCCUCAGGUUGCGAAUUUGGAGGACAUUUUAUCCGAGAGAGGAGCUUGUGGUGUAGGAUUUAUUGCAAACCUGGAUAACAAGGCCUCUCAUCAGAUCAUUAAGGAUGCUCUUGUUGCUCUCGGAUGCAUGGAGCAUCGUGGAGGAUGCGGAGCUGAUAAUGACUCUGGUGAUGGUUCGGGUGUGAUGACUUUGAUUCCAUGGGAUUUAUUCAACAGUUGGGUGACUGAGCAGGGGAUCUCUUCCUUUGAUAAGUUGCACACUGGUGUUGGAAUGGUCUUUCUCCCAAAAGAUGCUGAUCUGCUCGAUGAAGCCAAAAAAGCUAUUGUAAAUAUCUUCCAACAAGAAGGGCUAGAGGUGCUUGGAUGGAGGCCUGUUCCUGUAGAUACAUCUGUAGUUGGUUAUUAUGCAAGAGAAACCAUGCCCAACAUACAACAGGUAUUUGUUAGAGUGGUUAAAGAAGACAGCAUAGCAGAUGUUGAACGUGAACUCUACAUCUGCCGAAAAUUGAUAGAGAAGGCAGCUAGUUCAGCAAGCUGGGGAGAGGACCUUUAUAUCUGUUCCCUGUCAAAUCAAACCAUAGUUUACAAGGGAAUGCUUCGGUCAGAAGUUCUUGGUUUAUUUUAUCUAGAUCUUCAGAAAGAUUUGUACAGAUCUCCAUUUGCUAUUUAUCAUAGAAGGUAUAGCACAAAUACUAGUCCCAGAUGGCCUCUUGCUCAGCCUAUGAGGUUUCUUGGUCACAAUGGGGAGAUCAAUACUAUACAGGGUAACUUGAACUGGAUGCAAUCUCGAGAGACAUCAUUAAAAUCUCCUGUUUGGCGGGGUCGUGAAAAUGAAAUUCGUCCUUUUGGUAACCCAAAGGCAUCUGAUUCUGCAAACCUUGACAGUGCAGCAGAAUUGUUGAUCAGAAGUGGUCGAGCUCCAGAGGAAGCUCUGAUGAUUCUUGUUCCAGAAGCAUAUAAGAAUCAUCCCACUUUAAUGAUAAAAUAUCCUGAGGUGGUUGAAUUUUACGAAUACUACAAGGGUCAGAUGGAGACUUGGGAUGGACCAGCCCUGCUAUUGUUCAGUGAUGGCAAAACAGUUGGGGCUUGUCUUGAUCGGAAUGGGCUUCGUCCUGCUAGAUACUGGAAGACUUCAGAUAAUGUUGUCUAUGUUGCUUCUGAGGUCGGUGUGCUACCAAUGGACGAGUCAAAGGUUACCAUGAAAGGCCGUCUUGGUCCUGGAAUGAUGAUAACUGUUGAUCUAUCCAGUGGUCAGGUGUAUGAGAAUACAGAAGUCAAAAAGCGAGUGGCCCUGUCAAAUCCCUAUGGGAAGUGGAUAACUGAAAAUAUGCGUACCCUGAAGCCCGUUAACUUCCUCUCUGCUACAAUGAUGGAAAAUGAAUCAAUCUUAAGGCACCAGCAGGCAUUUGGCUACUCCAGUGAGGAUGUCCAGAUGGUCAUUGAAUCUAUGGCUGCACAAGGAAAAGAGCCUACGUUUUGCAUGGGAGAUGAUGCUCCGUUGGCAGUGUUGUCUCAGAAAUCUCAUAUGCUUUAUGAUUACUUCAAGCAACGAUUUGCACAGGUGACAAAUCCAGCAAUUGAUCCUCUAAGAGAAGGAUUAGUUAUGUCUCUUGAAGUUAAUCUGGGGAAGCGAGGAAACAUACUGGAAGUUGGACCUGAAAAUGCUUCACAGGUCAGUUUAUCCGCAGUGCAUCCAUGCUUGCAAUUUUCCGUAAACAUAAUCAGGGAAAGAAUGAUCUUUGCCCUUUUUCCCCAGGAACCAACUCGUCCUGCAGUCCCAAUUCUUCUUGCUGUUGGGGCUGUUCAUCAGCAUCUUAUUGAAAAUGGCCUGAGAAUGUCUGCAUCUAUUGUAGCCGACACAGCUCAGUGUUUCAGUACCCAUCAAUUUGCUUGCUUAAUCGGAUAUGGGGCAAGUGCGGUCUGCCCUUAUUUGGCAUUGGAAACUUGUCGGCAGUGGCGCUUGAGUAACAAGACUGUAAAUCUGAUGCGUAAUGGUAAGAUGCCUACUGUGACAAUUGAACAGGCACAGAAGAAUUUUGUUAAGGCAGUGCAAGCUGGGCUGCUCAAAAUUCUCUCCAAAAUGGGUAUUUCAUUAUUAUCAAGCUACUGUGGUGCCCAAAUAUUUGAGAUUUAUGGGUUGGGUAAAGAUAUUGUUGACCUUGCAUUCUGUGGAAGUGUAUCCAAGAUGGGUGGAUUAACCUUCGAUGAGCUUGCAAGGGAGACUUUGUCUUUCUGGGUGAAAGCUUUCUCAGAGGAUACUGCGAAGAGACUGGAAAAUUUUGGUUUUAUUCAAUUUAGACCAGGAGGGGAGUACCAUGGAAACAACCCAGAGAUGUCAAAAUUGCUGCACAAAGCUGUUCGUCAGAAGAGUAUGAGUGCAUUUUCAGUUUACCAGCAGCAUUUGGCUAAUCGCCCUGUUAAUGUUUUACGGGAUCUUCUGGAGUUUAGAAGUGAUCGUGCGGCAAUCCCUGUGGGGAAGGUUGAACCUGCAACUUCCAUUGUCGAACGCUUCUGCACUGGAGGAAUGUCUCUUGGGGCGAUUUCAAGGGAAACUCAUGAAGCUAUUGCCAUUGCAAUGAAUAGGCUUGGAGGAAAAUCUAACUCAGGAGAAGGCGGUGAGGACCCUAUCCGCUGGAGCCCAUUGACAGAUGUUGUAGAUGGUUACUCUCCAACACUGCCACACCUGAAAGGACUACAGAAUGGGGAUACUGCUACCAGUGCUAUCAAGCAGGUUGCUUCAGGUCGCUUUGGUGUAACUCCAACUUUCUUGGUUAAUGCUGAUCAGUUAGAGAUUAAAAUUGCACAAGGUGCAAAGCCUGGUGAAGGUGGUCAAUUACCUGGAACAAAAGUCAGUGCAUAUAUUGCGAGGUUGCGAAAUUCCAAGCCUGGAGUUCCACUCAUAUCUCCACCACCACACCAUGAUAUUUAUUCCAUCGAAGACCUUGCACAAUUGAUCUUCGACCUUCAUCAGGUUAAUCCCAAUGCCAAAGUAUCAGUAAAGCUCGUGGCAGAAGCUGGAAUUGGCACAGUUGCUUCUGGGGUUGCAAAAGGGAAUGCAGAUAUCAUCCAGAUAUCCGGUCAUGAUGGUGGAACUGGAGCCAGCCCCAUAAGCUCCAUCAAGCAUGCCGGGGGCCCCUGGGAGCUUGGCUUAACAGAAACCCACCAGACACUAAUUGAAAAUGGGCUUCGAGAAAGAGUCGUUCUGCGGGUUGAUGGUGGAUUUAAGAGUGGAGUGGAUGUUAUGAUGGCUGCGGCAAUGGGUGCUGAUGAGUAUGGGUUCGGUUCUAUUGCCAUGAUUGCCACGGGAUGUGUCAUGGCUCGCAUCUGCCAUACCAACAAUUGCCCAGUUGGUGUUGCCAGUCAGAGAGAGGAGCUGCGAGCUCGGUUUCCUGGGGUGCCUGGUGAUCUUGUAAACUACUUUUUGUAUGUUGCUGAGGAGGUACGAGGGAUGUUGGCACAACUGGGUUAUGAGAAGUUAGAUGAUGUAAUUGGAAGGACAGAUUUGUUAAAACCUCGGGACAUCUCACUAGUGAAAACUCAGCACCUUGAUCUGAGUUAUCUUCUCUCAAAUGCGGGGAUGCCAAAAUGGAGCAGUACUGAGAUCAGGAAACAGGUGGUUCAUACUAAUGGUCCUGUCCUCGAUGAUGUUAUACUGGCAGAUCCAGAGAUAUCGGAUGCUAUAGAGAAUGAAAAGGUCAUUCAUAAGACAUUACAAAUAUACAAUGUGGAUCGUGCAGUCUGUGGUCGUAUAGCUGGUGUAGUUGCCAAGAGAUAUGGAGACACUGGUUUUGCAGGACAGCUGAACAUAACAUUCACUGGGAGUGCUGGGCAGUCAUUUGCAUGCUUUUUAACUCCUGGAAUGAAUAUCCGUCUUGUAGGAGAGGCUAACGACUAUGUGGGAAAGGGCAUGGCAGGUGGAGAGUUGGUAGUGACUCCUGUUGAUGAGACUGGUUUUUGCCCUGAGGAGGCAACGAUAGUAGGGAACACUUGUUUGUAUGGUGCUACGGGUGGUCAGGUAUUUGUUAGAGGGAAAGCAGGGGAGCGAUUUGCUGUAAGGAACUCUCUCGCUCAAGCGGUAGUUGAAGGUACUGGAGACCACUGUUGUGAGUACAUGACUGGAGGCUGUGUUGUAGUCCUCGGAAAAGUUGGUAGAAACGUGGCUGCUGGAAUGACAGGAGGUUUAGCCUACAUUCUCGAUGACGAUGACACUCUUAUCCCCAAGGUCAACAAAGAGAUUGUGAAGAUCCAGAGGGUGACAGCACCAGUGGGUCAGAUGCAGCUGAAGAGCCUCAUCGAGGCCCACGUCGAAAAAACCGGAAGCACUAAGGGCGCCAAAAUCCUCCAGGAGUGGGACAAGUAUCUACCACUCUUCUGGCAAUUCGUUCCCCCGAGUGAAGAAGAUACUCCUGAGGCCUGUGCCGAGUACCAGACAACAGAUGCUGAUCAGGUCACCCUGCAAUCUGCUUAGGACUCCGGUACGAUCUCUGAGAGUUGCAGCAUCAUCCAUGUACAGUCUUAGAAAUUCCAAGUCGAUCGAACAUUGCUUCAUGCUCUUAUGAGUCGGGAACGCUGCCUGCUUAGGGAAGAUUGUAUCUCCUAUUCGGUCAAAACCCGAGCGCUUCCAUUGAGAAAGCAAUGACAACCUCUGCCAGAUGUUAGGAAGUUUGUACAGCAAACAUCGCAGAACAAAAAGAAAAAAAAAAGGACCAUUACGAUAGAUCCAAAACUGUAGGUUCGCCAGUGCUUGUCAUCGAACAUUCCCCGUCUUAUUCAAUUGAACCUUUUGUUACGUAACCGAAUAAUGUUGUUGUAUUCGAGCUUCCAGUUUCCGUGCCU